UGAAGGAAGCUAAGAAGAAGUUAGAUACCUCCGUUGGUGUAUCUAACGACCUUUCGAUAUCAGCUCUGGGGGCGUUUUUUGUUUAUUUGAUUACUGGAUUGUUUCUGGCCGUUGGAUUCUGGGUGGCUCGAAACAAAUUCUCCGUCGAUCUCGUCUCCGAUCCAUCUCUCACUCUCUUUCUCCUCUGGAGUAUUGAGUUUCCGGUUGUGGUAAUCAUCUACAGCUUUCUCCGGAAAGCCCCAGAGAAAUGUUCGAAGCUGAAGAAGUAUGUUUCCUUUUGCAUUGAGAAGAAAAGGCACCAAUGCGUUUGGGUUUCUUGUGCUUAAGUUACUCUCUCUUAAUGGUUUCCUAAUUGCUUUCCAGUGUUUUAGAGCCUAUGGACGAAGCAUAUUAGGACUUAUUUGUGGGGCUUUUCUGAAUGCUUUGGGAGCAAUUUCUUUGGGUGCACCUAUUGGAAUGCAAUAUCUACCAAGAACAGUUCACUGGUCCUUUCUGAUGUCUGUUUUCACGUUUGUACCAGCCACUGCAGUUUUUGGUGCAUCAUGGACAGAUUGGCAUCGUCUAUUCGCUUCGAUGAAACCAAGUGGAAAUGUAGAAUAUAUGAUCUUUAUUCCAGCUUAUGGAACAAUUAUUGGAGGAUGGUUUGGAGCUUGGCCCAUGCCGCUCGACUGGGAAAGGCCAUGGCAGGAGUGGCCUAUAUGUGUGUGUUAUGGAGCUAUAGGAGGCUACAUUGUUGGACAAAUUGUCUCCUUGUGUGCGAUGUUUUUCUUCAGGAAAGACAAGCAUUUGAAGGUAGCCUAGAAGAGACUGAUGGUGUCUGGACAUGCAGGAUGUGUCUCGUUUUGUUUCUGACUUGAUUGCUAGAUUGAGAAGUAACAAUAGGGCAAUGUUUUUGUUAGCUAGAACAGAAGUUACACUAUUUUCCAUAUAGAAUCAAGCAUGUGUUUCGGAAUUGCAAAAUUCUUUAAGUGAAUGAUGGCAGACUUGAGAGAUUAAAUUCAAACGAUAUUAUGUGGUUAAAUGCAAAUGAUAGGGCUCUGUAUAACUUGAGACUUA